UACUUUGUACCUGUCCAACAAACACACAACAAAGGGCAGCAUGCCCAUAGAAAAUUCCUGACGAGAACAUACAUACGCUGACCUUGUACAGUACAUUUAGUAUAUCCAUAUCUAGCUGUGGCAAGAUGGUGGCCACGAAAGGACAAUCCAUUGCUUUGGGGGUUGUGUCUAUCCUUGUUCUUGGCGCAGGAAUUGCUGUGAUGGUCCUGUUUCACUCGCUCUUCGUGCAGCUGGGAGUAAGUGGGGGUUCAUUACCAGCCUUGUCAUUAUUCUGGCCCUAUGGCGUGCCGGUACUUAUUACCGGUGUCCUUGGUAUAGUAGCCGCGGCUGUGAGGAACAACGUUGCCGUUGGGAUAUAUAUGGGGAUCUGCAUCGUUGCGUUGUUGGUGGAAGCCGGUUUGAUCGUGGUAAUGGCAUUUGUGCUGUUCGCCUAUUUGACUGUGGACCCAGAAAGUUUUGCCAGAGACUGCUACCAGGUUAACGGUUCAUGUCUUUGCAACGACUCUUUUCGUAUCGGGUACUCUACUUGCCAAGACCCUGUCAUUGGUAUCAUCCACUUAACUCGGGCCGCGGCUGCCCUGAUCAUUGUCAGUUGGCUACUCAUGUUGACGGGAUCUAUAUUAAGUUGUACUGCAUGCUGCUGUGGAAAGCGUACCGACACUCCCGGUGCAAUUAUCGUUCAAGGAGGUGGGCAAGCCAUCCAGAUGGGUUACCCAGGAGGUGGUGGGUAUCAACACCCCACGGGCUAUGGUGAACAAUACCAAAUCAAAUAAACCAACAGGUGCUCCCAUCAUUGCACCAGCCUGUCUGGCAUGGCAGAUUUAAUCCUAUAUUGUCCAUUUUGUAUGUUUUCCACUACAAUGUAUAGUAUAUUAUUUAACCGUGGGAAGGGGUGGGAGGAGCUAUCCAUGUCAUCACCAUGAUUGCCCAUCUGCAGAGCAAUUUCCACUAAACAAACGACACCAAGUCUAUAGUGAAAUGUAGGUUAUACCUAGUACAAUGCAAUGAACGAUUCGUCAAGUUCAACGAUGUACGAUACAAAACCCUACCAAAUACCCUCUUCACGGUCACGCCGUGUUGAAUUGAAACGAGACUUGCUCAAAUUGCACCCUAACUCACGUAGACACUAGAAAUAGGCACAAAUUUGCAACACACUGUCUUUACCAAGUUUAGUUUAGUAUCUCAGGCACUAAAACCAGCCGACAGCCGCCAUUGUGUGAGUCUGCACAUCAAGCCUCGUUUUCGGUUGAAUAUGGUGCGAAAGUGUACAGAACCUAUUCGUCUUACGUUUUAUUGCUAUAUAUUAAAUGGGAAGUAAUGUAUGAAAAUGUAAAAAGCUUUGUAGUAGUGAAUUGCAACGGCUUGUGUACUUUAGACCCCAGAUUCCUGUUCACCCCUACUGUUUAUUUUCGUAUUGACCGAAAUCCUUUUAAAAUUUUUCUUCGCACCCCUUGCAUAUUGUCAGUUUGUCUUCUUUGUCACCUGUUGUGUUUUCUUUCAAUUUUUAAGGUGUUUUAAGUCUCAAUAUUGUUAUUUUCCGCUCAAGUUUUUUGUGUUUGUGCGAAUCUUUAUGCUUCAGUGCUGAUGGAUCAAGUGUUAAAAUGCUUCUGGUAACACCGAAAAGAGAGUACUUCUAAUGACAAAACACAGAAGCUAGUAUCGUAUGUACAAGGGAUUUUGCAUGAGCCUUUUGCCUAUGGACUCGACGGCGUCUCACAUUCCAACCUUCACCGUAUAGCAAAAUAAGUUUUGAUUGUCUCUGCAACCGUGGCUGUUCUCUCAAGAUGAGGCGUCGACGUUCAUACUCAGUUAAGCCUGAAACGAAACAUGAAACGAGAGAUUGUAAUUAACGGUUUGAUAGAUUCGAGGAACACGAUGUCGAGCUAUUGCGGCCGAGCUAGACCAAGGACAUGAUACUGAUCAACCAUUUUUUCAACUGUUUUUUUUUAACUUGAGCGUUUCUGAUUAUCGUAUACUACUUACCUUCGUAACACAACGCCUAUAACCUGAUUAGACAUCUUUCCCUGCUGAAAAUAUUUUACGAGGCAUAAUUUUAUUUUUGGUGAUGAAGGCAAUCGGUGCAUGAGGUUGAAGUUUCUUUUAGCAGAUAUUCCAUAAUUAACAUAUUAAAAUGUGAACUGUUACCCAUUUUUUACUUUUAUGUCUUUACUAGAUUAACUAUUGGAAUAUACUGGCCCAAGAUUUUGUAUGGGUUUUGCUUGGUUACGUUUACAGACAAUUUUGGGGUUACAUAACGAGAGGCAAUUCUUCAACCUAAUAUGUAUGUGUACGGCAUCUGGAGCCUAUCAUUGUCUUUCCAUGCAGACAAUAUUUUUGCUUAAUAAAUAUAUUUUUUAUAACCGUG